GAUAAGUUGAGGAGUUGAGGUGAGGAUUAGCGAUAGCGUGGGAGAGAAUACAAUACAGCCAAUCGUCUUCUGAUUUCUCAACUUGGAGAAGAAAGUAAAGGGGAGUAGUGGGGAAGACACAGCAAACCCAAAUCACUGAUUGCAAACACACUUCUUGUAUGUUCCCCCUUAGCUCCAUUUCUGUUUCAUCUUCAUUUCCUGUUUCUUUUAAGCUUCAUAUAUAUAUCCUCAACCACCUCUCUUCACCACACCCAUUUCUGGGUUUUCUUUCCUCACUUCACAUGGAGUUUCUGUUCUUUUCCACCUCUAGGAGAUAAGCAAUUGUUUUUCUGUCAUUUUCUUCCCCAAACAUUUCAAUUCAUGUCUGUACUUAUAAAUUCAGCAACUCCUUUAAGAACCCCACCAUCAGAUCUCGCAAGAAUACCCUGUGAAUUCUUGCCAGAAAGGCCAAAACUUUAUGCUCCCUUGCUGCAUAAGAAGAGGUUUUAUAGAGCAUUAGCCAUUGCCCAUACUGGAAUUAAUAAUUUUUCUAACCACCAGACUGACUUAUUAGCUGUGAAAGAUGGUGUUUUUGUUCUUCCAAACUGGAAGAAGUCUCCCAGUAAUGACAAAAGAAUCGUGGAUCAUAAGCUAAAUGAUGCAGUUAUCUAUUUAGACGAUAUGGUAAACAAGGGUUAUAAGCCUAAUUUAACCCAAGCCACUUACCUAGUUUAUGCUCUUUGUCACCACAAUAAGCUCAAUAAAGCCACCAAGGUUAUGGAAUUGAUGGUUAGGUCUGGGAGUAUGCCAGAGGCAUCUUCCUACACUUUCUUGGUCAAUUUCUUGUGCAAGAAAGGGAAUAUGGGACACGCGAUGCAAUUAAUCGAAAAGAUGGAGGAGUAUGGGUACACGACCGAUACUGUCACUUAUAACACUCUUAUACGAGGGCUUUGCAAGCGGGGAUGCUUGUCCGUGAGCCUCAAGUUUGUAGAUAGGUUGAUGCGAAAAGGGUUUGUGCCCGAUGCUUAUACGCAUUCGAUUAUGCUUCAAGCUACUUAUAAGGAUAACGGGGUUGAUGAGGCUAUGGUGUUAUUGGAAAACAUUGUUGCCAAGGGCGGGGAGCCUAAUGUGGUUUGUUACAAUGUUUUGUUGACGGGGUUGUGCAAGGAAAGGCGAGUUGAUGAGGCUAUUCGGUUCUUUAGGAAAUGGGGGUCGUUAGGGAUUAGUCCCACCGUUGUUAGCUAUAAUUUGAUAUUGAGGAGCUUGUGCUAUGAUGGACGAUGGGAGGAGGCUAACCAGCUUCUUGCUGAUAUGGAUAGAGACGAUGUUACACCGACUACAAUAACGUACAAUGUUCUGAUUAAUUCGCUUGCAUAUCAUGGCCGGGUUAGUGAUGCCCUUGAUAUGUUGAGGGAAAUGGAUUCAGGGGUACAUUUUAAGCCAACCACUGACAGUUACAACCCAAUAAUCGCCCACUUUUGUAAAGAAAAGAAGGUGGAUUCUGUUAUCAAUUGUCUUAACGAGAUGAUGGAUAAGCAGUGUGAUCCUAACGAUGGAACAUAUAGUGCCAUUGCUAUUCUUUGCGAGGAGGAGGGAAUGGUGCACGAGGCUUUCAAGAUUCUCGAGAAAUUGAGGGUAACUAAGAAGCACCCUAUCAACGAUUUCUACAGAAAUGUGGUUUCUGCUUUUUGUAGGAUGAGAAACACCUACGAAGCGUUCCUGCUUUUGCACGAUAUGACAACGUCUGGAUUUAGUCCCGACUCGUUCACCUAUUCGUCCCUGAUCAGAGGACUGUGCAGGGAGGGAAUGCACGAUGCUGCCCUCGAGAUCAUCAGGGUUCUGGAUGCAAACUGUUACGGUCCAGAUGUUAACCUCUUGAACUCUCUAGUACUCGGGCUAUGCACAUCGGGGAGAACAGAUUUGGCGCUGGGGAUUUACGAGGAGAUGGUGGAGAAAGGGUACAGGCCGAAGGAGACAACUUACACCUUCAUAGUUGAAGGGCUGAUUCGCGAGGAAGAAAGGGGGCUGGCGGCUUUAGUUUUGAAAGAGUUGCAUAUGAUAAAAGUGAUAGGUAAAAUUACGUUGGGGCGGCUUGUGACGCAGUAUGACAUUGUGGGAUUAUCAACAUUGCAAAAAGCAGAUGAGUUUGCAUGAAACAGAAGAGAGAUGCCACAAUCUUGGUGGUUAUGUUGAUAUUGUUGUAGUUGAAAAUUACUGUGAAAUGAGGUUUACCAAAAGUGCAGGGAUUUUUAGUGUAAUUUUAGUCUGUACUGUUAGAAAUUGAGAUUGGAGGGGUUCCCUUA